AUGAGUCUCCGAACAGUGAUGUCCCUUCCACGGAGGGCAACCUGCUUCCAUGCGUCCGCAGCGGAUCUCCGACGCUGGCCGUCCAGCAACGUCCGAGCUUUCUCCACGACGAUGCACCGUGAUGCGACGUGGGGCUUUGUCGGGCUGGGACAAAUGGGUUACAACAUGGCCAAAAACCUGCGCGCCAAGAUCCCCGCAUCCGACACCUUGAUUGUGCGCGAUGUCAACGAUGAAACGAUGAAACGAUUCGUCGCGGAGGCCCAAGAGACUGCACGAAGCAAUGGCGCAGGCGCCAAUGAGGGCCAGGUUGAGAUCGCGGAGAAUGCGCGCGAGGUCGCCGAGAAGUCGACAGUGAUGAUCACCAGCCUCCCAGAGUCUCAACACGUCAUUGACGUCUUCCACUCGAUUCUUAAACAUGGCCCGCUGCCACCGCUCGAGCAGGAGCGUCUGUUUAUUGACACAUCCACCAUUGACCCCGUCACGUCCAAGGAUAUCGCAAAUGCCAUCCACACCACACAGACCGGCCGCUUCGUGGACGCCCCCGUGUCAGGAGGCGUGGUUGGUGCUCGCGCGGGGACGUUGUCGUUCAUGUUCGGCGCUACCUCGAAGACUGGCGAGCUGCUCGAGCGCAUCCGUGGGGCCUGGCAUCUUGGCGAGCCUGGCGCUGGCGUUUCCGGUAAGCUUGCGAACAACUACAUUUUGGCUUUGAACAACAUUGCCACCGCCGAGGCCAUGAACUUGGGAGUUCGCUCGGGCCUCGAGCCUAAAGCCCUGGCUGAAAUGAUCAACUCGUCGACUGGGCGUUGCUGGCCCUCCGAAGUUAAUAAUCCUGUUCCUGGCGUCGUUGAGACAGCCCCAGCGUCUCGCGGCUAUGAAGGUGGAUUCGGGGUCAGCUUGAUGCACAAGGAUCUGCGAUUAGCUCUUGCAGCUGCGGAACAGUCUGGUACCCCCCUCGCCCUGGGUGCUCAGGCUCGUGAGGUAUACAAAGAGGUGGAGGACAAACACCGUGGUAAGGAUUUCUCAGUGGUGUAUCAAUGGUUGCAGGAAAAGUCACAAUAA